UCAACGACUCCACCACGAGCCGAGCCGAGCCAACGAAGAAAUCGUUGCCAACCAAAUCCACCCGCCGAUUCGCCUCCCCCCUCCUCGCCGGCGGCGGCGACCCCGCGGCGGCGGAGAGAUGAUGAUGCUGAUCGACUGCUCGGGCUGCCGGACGCCGCUGCAGCUGCCGCACGGGGCGCCCUGCAUCCGCUGCGCCAUCUGCGGGGCCGUCACCUACGUCGCCGCCGCCGCGCCGCCACCGGCCCACGGCGACCCCGCCCGCGGCGCCGCGGGGCCGGGGGCGGUGGCGCCCCAGCACCAGGCGCCGGGGUGGGGGCCGCCUCCCCCGCCCGCGCACGGGCGGAAGCGCGCCGUGAUCUGCGGGAUCUCCUACAAGUUCUCGCGCCACGAGCUCAAGGGUUGCAUCAACGACGCCAAGUGCAUGCGCCACCUCCUCACGACGCGCUUCCACUUCCCCGACGACUCCAUCAUCAUGCUCACCGAAGAACAAACUGACCCUUACAAGAUUCCAACAAAGCACAACAUAAGGAUGGCCAUGUAUUGGCUUGUACAAGGUUGCCAGCCUGGAGACUCAUUGGUAUUCCAUUAUUCUGGUCACGGAGCACAACAAAGAAACUACAGCGGAGAUGAAGUUGAUGGAAUGGAUGAAACCCUCUGCCCAUUGGAUUUUGAGACACAGGGAAUGAUUGUGGAUGAUGAAAUAAAUACUGCUCUUGUCAGACCACUUACUCCUGGAGUUAAACUUCAUGCACUGAUAGAUGCUUGUCACAGUGGGACUGCACUUGAUUUGCCUUUCCUCUGCAGAAUGAACAGGAGUGGGCAAUAUGUAUGGGAAGAUCAUCGACCUCGAUCUGGUGUCUGGAAGGGCACUAGUGGCGGCGAGUGUAUUUCAUUUAGUGGUUGUGACGAUGAUCAGACAUCUGCAGAUACUUCAGCUUUGUCAAAGAUCACUUCAACUGGCGCUAUGACAUUUUGCUUUAUCCAAGCAAUUGAGCGUGGGCAGGGCACCACCUAUGGGAGUAUCCUGACCUCCAUGCGUUCGACAAUACGCAGUACAGGUGAUUCAAUGGGCAGCGGAGGUGGUGCUGUAACAUCGCUAAUCACAAUGCUUCUUACAGGAGGCAGCGUUAGUAGUGGCGGCUUGAAGCAGGAUCCACAGCUAACUGCAAACGAGCCAUUCGAUGUGUAUGCGAAGCCCUUUUCUCUAUGACACGAUCCUGGUAUUCUCCACCGCGUCUAUGAUUAUAUCACUAGUCCCCGUAUAAAUUAUCAUGAUGUAAAUUUCACUGUUGAAAGGGCUCCAUUUCAUAAAUAGAGCUAACAUGUUGCAUGUAUUGUUGCUCAUUACAUUGUUCACGCCCUUUGGAAUGUGAUUUGUACCUUGGUCACAUUGUUCCUUGAUCAAGACCAUAUUAUGCUCAGUGCAAUAUGCACGGGUUAAUGAGAUUGUAGCAUAUGUGUUUCUUUCUUU